AGCGCUGCCGCUCGGACACCGCGCGCGGCUCCCGGCGUGCAGCCCAUGGUGGCAGAGUCAGGCGAGAGGAGCCGGCGGCGCCGGGUCACCCCGGAGCGGCCGGACAGCGGCCCCGGGCACCACCAGCUGCCCCCGAAGCGGCGGCGGCAGCGGCCUCGGCAGGAGAAGCCGGCGGCGGUGCUCAGCGAGAGCCUCCUGGAGCAGCAGAACUUCCGCGAGUACGGGGAGAGCUGGUACCGCUCUCACAAGCAGCUGGAGAGCCGCUUCCAGCCGCGGGAGCCGCUCUCCCGGCAGCCGCAGGUGACGGCUCAGUCUCGCUGCGAGCUGAUCAGCUGGCUCAUCCCCGUGUACCGCGACCUCGGGUACUCCUUCGAGGCGUUCUGCCUGACCGUCAACAUCCUCGACCGCUUCCUCAGCACCACCCCGAUAGCCGCCGACUGCUUCCAGCUGGUCGGGGUGACAUCGCUGCUCCUCGCCUGCAAGCAGGUGGAGGUGCACCCCCCCAGCAUCAAGCAGCUCCUCGCCCUCUGCUGCAACACCUUCAGUGGGCAGCAGCUCUGCAACCUGGAGUGCAUCAUCCUGAACAGGCUGGGCUUCAGCAUCACUGCGCCCACCGUCUGCUACUUCCUGGAGCACUUCACCCGGCUGCGGCUGGAGGCGCCGGGCGUUCACCCCGAACAAGUGACGGAUGCGUGGAACCUGGCUCAGGGCGUAGCAGAGAUCAGCAUGGCCGACUACACCUUCACCAAGUAUCCGCCGUCGCUGCUGGCCGCGGCCUGCCUGGGGCUGGCGGACCGGCUGCUGCUGCAGCCCUGCACGCUGGACCUGGGAAUGAUCGGCUACAGCGCGCGGUGGCUGCAGGACUGUAUGGCCGACCUGCGGCUUCUCGUGUCCAUCAACCUGGAGUCGCUGCCUGCCGUGCUGCCCACGAAGGUGGCGCAGAAGUGCUCGUGGCUGUGGGACAACGUUUGACGGCGGAGCUGCGGGAGCCCGGCGCUGUGCGUGUCCGCGGGUCGGGAAGUGACCCCGUGUGGUGCCGUGAGGGAUAUGCGCUGUACCAUGGCUGUUCUGUUUUGUUUCUGCAUCCAGCACGCAAAUAGCACACACAACCUCGGGUGCUGUGUUAUUUAUGCGGAGAGCGAUCCGUAGAGUAACGGCACGCGAGCUAAAUAAACACUAUUCUGGUACGCC